CUUCCAUAUCUUCCGCAAAAGAGAAAAAAGAACAGCACUGUGGCUAGCCUUUUCCUUCACGAUAUUUCACAUCUGUUUUACCUCCCAAGAGUCCCAGUGCAAGUACACUCCCUAUCAAAACGCUUGGAAUGGAAGCUCUUUCAGUGGUGGAUUUUUUGACAAGUCUCCCGUUACUUCAAGGAUUAGAGCGGUCCUUUCUUGAGAAGAUCGCUAAGAUUGUAACGUUUAUGAAUUAUGAUUGUGGUGAGUACGUGAUCGGUCAAGGGGUCGCUGGGCUUGGAAUUUACUUCAUUUGGGAUGGAGAGGCUGACGCAUGUGGCGAUUUCCGGCAUGUGAUCGAUGAAAGCCCAGAUGAAUUCCACCUCAAACGUCAUGAUUAUUUUGGUCAUGGUAUUUCGUCAUCAGAUCAGCACGGUGAAGUAAUUUCACUGACUAAACUAACAUGUUUGGUGCUGCCUCAUAAACAUUGGUGCAUGCUACCACAAUUCAACUCAAGCCCAAAUUGUAAUCUCCAACAAAUAUUGAACCUUCAACCUAUAAGAGAAAGUAUAUUUCAAGGUGUUACAUUGCCGGAAGCUCCAGCGUUUACAGGUAGAGUGUUUGGUGGUCAGUUUAUUGGACAGGCUUUAGUUGCAGCCCAUAGAACGGUUGAUCCCCUCAUGAUUGUACACAGUUUGAAUGCCAACUUCUUGAUCGCGGGAGAUGUUGAUUUGCCAGUAGCGUAUGAGGUUAUCCGUGCGCGUGAUGGGAAAAGGUUUUCGAGCAGGAGGGUUGAUGCAACGCAGAAUGGUAAACUUGUCUUCUCAUUGACCGCUUCCUUUCAGAAAGAAGAUGGAGAAAUCGAGCACCAAUAUGCACUAAUGCCCAGUGUACCGGAUCCAGAUACGUUAUUAUCAAUUGAUGAGAUACGCCAAAGACGACUCAUUGAUCCUCGGCUUCCCAGGACAUACAGAAACAAGUUGGCGACGACGAAACACAUACCUUGGCCUGUGGAAGUAAGGUUUUGUGAUCCUGACAAAAUUGCAACUCGAUAUACCAAGACACCUCCAAGCUUGAGAUUCUGGUUUAGAGCAAAAGACAAACUAUGUGAUGAUCAAUCCCUCCAUAGGUGUGCGGUGGCGUAUGUAUCCGAUUUAAUGAUCAGUAAUAUAAUUCCAAAUCCUCAUCGCAAAAAAGACUUGACCAUCGCUCCCUCAACUCUAAAUCACUCCAUGUGGUUUCAUAGAGACGUUCGAGCUGACGAUUGGUUAUUACAUUUGGUUCAUACUCCAUCCGCUUAUAAAUCACGUGGUUUUGUUAAAAGUCAAAUUUUUAACAUGAAUGGCCAGCUUGUGGCAUCGGUGGGGCAAGAGGCUGCUCUCACGUUUCUCAAACCUCGAGAGCCAAAGAUGCAAUCCAAAAUGUGACUUGAAAUAUAUAUGGAUAAGAGCUUGGGAUUUAGGCUAAUCUUUGUUUAAUUUCAAGUCCAUUCAAAUUAAUACCGAAUAAAAUAACUGUGGUUUCAUUUCUAUAAUUGUAUACUAUAUCACUUCGAUCGUUUAUUCUCUA